AUGGGCUCACAGGUUGAACAAAUUGCCGCCCAUGAGGAUUCAAAUUCCUAUAUCCCAGAAAAUGGCUCUUCCAAAGGCAUAGCUGGCGAUAAAGUUGAUGCUGCUCCGUUAACUCGCCCAAAACGCAGCCAAUAUCGUCAUGUAGCUGCUUAUCACUCGCGGCUGCGUCACUCAAGCUUCAGCCGUGAGACUGAUGUUGUCCCCAGCUUUCUUGGAUUCCGCAACUUGAUGGUUUUGGUACUCAUUGCAAUGAAUCUCCGCCUAAUUAUCGAGAACUACAUGAAAUAUGGUGUGCUUAUAUGUAUUAGAUGUCAUGACUAUCGCAAGCAGGAUGUCAUUCUGGGAUCAAUCCUCUUUGCUCUAGUACCAUGUCAUCUCAUUGUUGCAUACAUUCUCGAGCUCUCUGCUGCGAGCGCCGCAAAGCGGGCAGUUGGAUUUCAGAAGAAGACAGCAGAAGAGAAGGAACGCGACCAACAGGCCUUUCGAUCUACCUGGCCUUAUACGGCCUUUCUCCAUACCUUAAACGCAACGCUGUGCUUGGCCCUGACCAGUUUCGCGGUUUAUUUCUAUGUUCAUCACCCUGGCAUUGGAACUAUUUGCGAGCUUCAUGCCAUCAUCGUAUGGCUAAAGAUUUGCUCGUAUGCCUUCACUAACCGCGACCUCCGUCUUGCCUUUGUCCAUCCCGAGGCGGAUCCGAAUUUACCGGAUAUCUACUCUACGUGCCCAUACCCUCGAAAUAUUACUCUUAAUAACUUGAUAUAUUUCUGGCUUGCUCCUACACUUGUCUACCAACCCGUCUACCCUCGCACGGCAUCCAUUCGUUGGUCCUUUGUGGCGAAACGCCUUGCUGAAUUUGUAUCUCUAACGAUGGUCAUCUGGCUGCUCUCUGCCCAAUACGCAACACCAGUCCUGUUGAACUCUAUUGAAAAGAUCGCCGUCAUGGACAUUGCCUCUAUUCUGGAACGUGUGAUGAAGCUGUCCACCAUAUCUCUCAUCAUUUGGCUUGCGGGAUUCUUUGCCCUGUUCCAGGCUCUGCUCAAUGCUCUCGCUGAAGUGAUGCGGUUUGGUGAUCGGGAGUUCUAUACUGAUUGGUGGAACAGCUCUAGUCUAGGUGCGUAUUGGCGGUCUUGGAAUCGGCCUGUUUAUCUUUUUAUGAAGAGGCACGUUUACAGUCCGUUGGUCGGCCGAGGAUGGAGUCCACUGGCGGCUAGUUGGAUGGUCUUUACGCUCUCUGCUAUUCUUCACGAGAUGCUAGUGGGAAUUCCCACGCAUAAUUUUAUUGGUGUCGCAUUUUUCGGCAUGAUGUUUCAAAUGCCCUUGAUUGCCUUGACCACACCUUUGGAGAGAAUGAGCGAUCCACUGGGCAAAAUUGUUGGCAAUUGUAUCUUCUGGGUCAGCUUCUGCUUGGUCGGACAGCCCCUCGGAGCUCUACUGUACUUUUUCGCAUGGCAGGCCAAGUAUGGUAGUGUGAGCCGUAUGCGGGCCUGA